UGAAACAAAGUUGCAACGAGACUAAAGUAACGUCAACAUCUGCAGAGUCCGGCGGUUUCUGGGGCUUUUUCUUGCUUUUUUUGAGUCACUAAUACAAAUAUGUUUGCAAGAGUCACCGCGUAGAUCAUAUUAGCACCUAAUUUAACGUUAAAAACGUAUAUAUUAUUGUUUUAAUCCGGUUUAAAGACAGCGAGGCUAACGUUAGCCGACUAGCUGCGACAAAGUCUCACUUACUGAAAGUUUAUUGAUCUACUAUUGAUCUAAAAACUGUAUAUUCUAAUCUGGGGAGUGUGUUUCUGGUAUGUCUUCUACUGCACUUGGUCUUGAUGGAUCAACCAGCGACUCUGAGAGCGAGCCCAAGCUCCCCCUCAAUCAGUUCUAUCCGUACAUCAGAUGUGCCCUUUGCUGCGGGUUUCUGAUAGAUGCCACCACCAUCACAGAGUGCCUGCACACAUUUUGCAAAAGCUGCAUCGUGAAGCAUUUCUUCUACAGCACCCGGUGUCCAACAUGCAGCAUCGUGGUGCACCAGACGCAGCCACUCUACAACAUCAGGCCGGACAGACAGCUGCAGGAUAUUGUUUACAAAAUGGUCCCAAUAUUGGAAGAACUUGAAAGGGAACAAAUAUGUAAAUUCUACAAAGAAAGAGGUCUGACGGUGCCAAAACCAGUGGCCGUUUCCCCUCAAGGUCCCGUCGUGUUGAGGAGGCAGAAGAAGAACGACAGCUGUCUCCCGUCUGUGUUCGCCAUCCCGCCUGAGCUGGACGUGUCUCUGCUCCUGGAGUUUGUCGGGGCGGAAGAAGGCAUCUGCAAUUAUAAGCCGCUGGAGAGGAGGUAUGUCCGCGUGUCCGGCGAGGCCACCAUCCGCCACGUAGAGCUGUUCAUCAGGAAGAAGAUGGAGCUGAGUCCCACGUGCCAGGUUGAUGUGGUUUGUGGAGAUCACCUCCUGGACCAGUACCAGUCUCUGAAGGAUGUGCAGAACUCUGUGGGGGAAGAAGCUCUACAGGACGGUCUGCUGGUGUUGCACUUCGGCUUGGUCCUUCCCUCCCAGCCAUGAACCCAAGGUGGUUUUUUGUUUAACCGGAAAUGAGAGACUUUUCGACUGUUGGUCCCUUCAGAACAAGAGUUGAAAGUUUGUCGCCUUUCUAACUACCUACAAACGGCUUUUCAGUCGUCUUAGAUGUGCUGUUGGAGUUAGACGACCAGGUCGUUUGAAUCUCCAGAGUGAGAUGAACCCUCUAACCUCAGGCUAGCUGUUUGACCCUGUCACUGUUUUAUUUGUGUUUUAUCUAAUUAAAUGCAGGGUGGAGGUGAGAAAGUACCAGCGUGUACUAGAAGAAAAAGCCAGAUGAGUCGCUGAAACCGGAGUCUAACUCAUUUGUAUCUGAAAGCAAUGCAAGCAACAUCUAUUUAUUUUCACACUGUAAAAACUCAAAAUCUUACCAGGAAUAUUUGUCUUAUUUUUAGUUAAAAUGUCUAAUUUUUAGUCAAAAAAUGUCAUUGCACUUAAAGUGUAAUGAGUGUCAUUACCAUAAAAAUAAGUUAUUUGACCAUUUUCACCUGUUUCAAGUAAAUUUCCACUUGAAAUAAGUAGAAAAAAUCUGCCAGUGGAACAAGAUUUAUCUUCUCAUUACAAGCAAAAAAAUCUUGUUCCACUGGCAGAUUUUUCUACUUAUUUUAAGUGAAAAUCUACUUGAAAUAGGUGAAAAUUGUUGUUUUUUCCAGUGAUGAGUCUUGUUUUAAGUGUAAUGAGAUUUUCUUUGACUAAAAAUGAGACAUUUUAAGUAGAAAUAAGACAAAUAUUCCUGGUAAGACUUUGAGUUUUUGCAGUGCAACACCAGCGAUCUGUAUAUUCUGUUUUAUUAUUGACGUGUGAUUUCUAAAACUGUGAUUCAAAGGGCUCCAACGUAAACUACCAAAGGUCCGUGUAUUUGAGGUAGAGCUGCUUCGUAGUCAUUGAUGAUUCAUUAAAUGCCGCCUGGAGCUUUUUUGUUGAUAAAACUGAAGUGAUGAAGCUUUUUCUUUCAUCGUAGCACAAAGAUUAUUUACAGGGAGUUUGUGUGGUGAGAUUUUGAUGCCAGCAUCUUUUGUAAUUCCUUUUUGUCAUUUUGAAAUAAUAAAA